AUGGCUCCCGCGGCCGCCGGCCCCCCGGAGGUGGUGCGCGCGGCUCAGAAGGACGACCACUACCGCGGGGGGCUGCGGAGCGCGGCGGGCGGCGCCCUGCACAGCCUGGCGGGGGCGAAGAAGUGGCUGGAGUGGAGGAAGGAGCUCGAGCUGCUGUCAGAUGUCGCCUACUUUGGCCUCACCACACUUGCAGGCUACCAGACCCUCGGGGAGGAGUAUGUCGGGCUCAUCCAGGUGGACCUGUCCCAAAGACAAGUGCCCUCAAGGCUGCGCCGUGGCGUGCUGGUCGCACUGCACACCCUCCUGCCCUACCUGGUGGACAAGGCCCUGCUCCACCUGGAGCACGAGCUGCAGGCCGACGGCAGCGGCCCCUGGGCGUCGCAGGGCAGCCUGGCACCCUGCGUGCGAGGCCGGUCCAGAGCCAGGCGCUGCGUGCGCCGGUGGGUGGCUGGCCUGGCAGAGCAGCAGAGGAAGACGCUGCUGAGGGCCGUGCUGGUGUUCAGGCAGGGCCUGGGCUGCCUCCAGCGGCUCCACCUCGCCUGGUUCUACAUGCACGGCACCUUCUACCAUCUGGCCAAGAGGCUCACGGGAGUCACCUACCUCCGCAUCCAGCACCCGCCAGCAGAGGACCUGAGGGCUCGUGCAAGCUACAGGCUGCUGGGGGUCAUCUCCCUGCUGCACCUGGUGCUGUCCGUGGGCCUGCAGCUCUACGGCCUCCGGCAGAGGCAGCGCGCCCAGCGGGAGUGGAAGCUGCACCGCAGACUGUCUCGCCGCAGGAGCCACGUGGAGGAGAGAGCGGUGUCCAGAAACUCCCUGUGUACCCUGUGCCUGGAGGAGCGCAGGCAUUCGACAGCCACACCUUGCGGCCAUCUGUUCUGCUGGGAGUGCAUCACCCAGUGGUGUGACAACAAGACGGAGUGUCCCCUGUGCAGGGAGAAGUUCCCUCCCCAGAAGCUCGUCUACUUGCGGCACUUCCGGUGACCAGAGGACAGGAGCCCAGGAGUCGCCUAUUAGGAGAAAACUUAAUUGAUUCUUAAGAUUAACUUGACUUACACAGAAAUCAUAAAACCCUCUGAUUUUCUAUCUCGGUUGCAUAAGGUGCUGUGUCAGCAGCUCAGAACAGACGCUGAACGGCCGUCCGAGGCCUCCAGGGCCGGUCUGGGGGGCCCCACCCAGCUCAAGUCCCGAGCCUGCAGGCCGUGUGGACACCCCUCUCUGGCCCCUGCAGUACAACAGCCAGUUCUGCAGGAACGCCCUUCCCUUCCCAAAUCACACAGCUGAGGACACAUUAGAAACAGGCUGGACAGUCUUCAUUUCCACGAUGAGAAAAGGAGCCAACCCCUGGUGGGCAGGAAGGGUUUGGUUGAAUGAGCAGAGAAUGUCACUGUUUUCGGGGUGUGGUCAGCCCCACCUGCAAACCUCACCUGUCACCACACCCAGCUGCUAAGGGACCAGGCACAUCCACGCACAGGAGGACCCGAGGCUCUCGCCCUGCACCCCGGGCUCAGCACAUCCCUCCUCGCAGGCGAGUCUGCGUCCUGGGCCGUGCACACUGAGGGGUCCCCUGCCACCCAGGUCCUGGUGGGGCAGGGCCAGCUUGAGUGAGUUCUGUCUUCCUAACCCUAAGUCACAAGCCACCUGUCAGAGGCUCUAUGUCAGCCUAUUUCCUGCCAUAUUUUGCUCUUCAGGUUUUUAAAAUCCUAACUUGUAUGGAGGCAGGACCCGCACAGGCAUCAGUGAGGAACGAAUCCCCCAGAAGUGUCAGUGCUCUGAGCACCGUGAGGCUGAGGUGAAGCCCAGGUGUCACCAGGCUGGUGCCGCAUGCCCUUGCCAGGACCUGUCUGAGGUGGCAUCCCUGUGAGGAGUGUGCAGCUCAGGCUGGUGGCAGAGGCCUGUGCAGGCCACUCGAGUAUAACUUAGCAGCUAUCCAGCAGCAGUGACUGCUCUGUUCUUGGUGACAAAGGUCAGCUGCCAGGACAGACCACCGUGACCAUGGGCCAGACUGAGCAGCAGCCUGACAAAGAGGCCAGAGCAGGUCACCACCGGUCCCUAAACCCUUCCCUUCACUCCCAUCCGACCAAGUGCACACGACACCCAUCAAUCACGUCAGGCCUGGGCAUCUGCUAGGGAACGUGUGCUAGGUACAAGCACCUUGAGCUUGACCCCAAGUGCUGGCACGACCCUGCAGUGACUCAGUGCCGUCCAGACGUGGGGCUACAACCAGCAUGUGGAAGAGGUCUAGCCCUGGCCGGGCGGCUCAGUGGGUUACAGCAUCAAAAAAGUUGGGUUCACCCUGGCCAGUUUGGCUCAGUGGUUGAGCGUCAGCCU